UUUUGUUUUCUCCUAGUCCAAAUCUCCUAUCAAGCUACUGAUCAAUCAAGCUAAUUUCUUCUUUUUCUGUCCUCUUAGGAUACCGUUACCUUUGCCAAAAGUAAGGAAAAAGAACAAGAAUCCAAUGAGUCACUGAUUCCCAUCCCCCUGGACCCCCCAUACAUCACCUAAACCAUCAUCAUUCAUCAAUUCAAAUCCAUUCCUCUCACAAUUUCAAGGAAUGAAUGAUCGUCAAUCGCACUUUCAUUCACUGACUAAUUAGGACAGAUUGUAGAAAGGUUUAUUAAUAGACUAAAAAAAAAAACUCAAACUAAAAGAGGAGACAAAAACAUGCAUCAACAUCAUUUGUAAAGGUGGUGGUUGAACAGAUCCUUGGGCGACCCAAUCAUCUCCAUCCACAUCCAUAUAUUGGGUUCUUUUGUACCAGCAUAUUACAUAAGCAAACGGUGAAUUUCUGGCCCUAUGUGUAUUUGUUGCCAUUAUUAUUAUAUAAAUACGCCUUUGUUAUUGUAUAUAAUAAUCGGCGCUUCAACUCCAUUUCUUUCACCUUCUCUUUUCUGCUUCUUUCUGGGCUCUAGAUUUGACUUUGAGUCAGUAGUUGUAAGUAAAACAGUACAUUGCAGACUAAAAAUAGAAGAGAGGAAGGGAGAUGGGGCUGUUUACGAACAGAGUGGAGAGAAAUGAGAUUAAAGCAGGUGAUCAUAUCUACUCAUACAGAGUCGCCUUCGUUUACGCUCAUCAUGGUAUCUAUGUUGGUGGUAGUAAAGUCGUUCACUUUACCCGUCUUGCCAACAUUAGUCAGACCCAUGAGGACGAUAUGAUAGCCCUCCUCCCUUCCAACUGUCCAACAUUUCCUGACUGUGGAUUCAGGCAGCCUAAAAGUGGGGUCGUAUUAUCCUGUCUUGAUUGCUUCUUGCGAAAAGACGCGCUCUAUGCUUUUGAGUAUGGUGUAUCACCAUCUGUCUUUCUCACCAAAUUCCGUGGAGGUACAUGCACAACGGCAGCAUCAGAUCCCCCUGAAACUGUGGUCCAUCGGGCGAUGCAUCUUCUCCAGAAUGGAUUCGGGAACUAUGAUGUUUUCCAGAACAACUGCGAGGAUUUUGCUUUGUAUUGUAAAACAGGGCUGUUGACAGUGGACAGUUUAGGUGUCGGAAGAAGUGGACAGGCUUCGACACUUGUUGGUGCACCAUUGGCAGCGCUUCUUUCCUCUCCGCUCAAACUGUUAAUGCCCAGUCCCAUUGGCUUAGCUACGGCAACGGCUGGUAUGUACUGUAUGAGCAGAUAUGCUACAGACAUUGGGGUUCGAAGCGAUGUAGUCAAGGUGGCAGUUGAGGACCUGGUUGUUAACCUUGGCUGGCCAAGCAGCAGUAUCCAGACAGAGGGAGAAGAGGAAGCAGAAAAUGAGAAGUCAAUUGAGCAAAUCGUCAGCGUCUUGCAAAAUUCAAUGGCGGUGCCGCCGGCGGAUCUGAACCGUAACACAGAGUGGUUCACCUACCCAGGGGUAUGGACAACUUACAUAUUGAUCCUCUUCUUCUCUUGGUUGCUCGUCCUUUCCAUCUUCGGUUGCACUCCCGGCACCGCUUGGACCAUCGUCAAUCUCUCUCACUUCCUCGUGACGUAUCACUUUUUCCAUUGGAAGAAAGGAACUCCUUUUGCUGAUGACCAGGGAAUGUACAAUGCAUUAACUUGGUGGGAGCAGAUCGACAACGGAAAGCAGCUCACCCGUAACAGAAAGUUCCUUACAGUCGUACCUGUUGUCCUGUACUUGAUAGCUUCACAUACGACUGACUACGAGAACCCAAUGUUAUUCCUCAACACAGUAGCGGUGCUUGUGUUGGUGGUCGCCAAGUUCCCGAAUAUGCACAAAGUUCGCAUCUUCGGAAUCAAUGGAGAACAGUGA